AUGGUUUACGGAUUUUACGAAGAAUGCUUGAGAAAGUACGGCUCAGCGAUGGUCUGGCGACAAUGCACUGAGAUAUUUGAUUAUCUAUGCCUUUCUGCCAUUAUCGACGGAAGGAUAUUUUGUGUUCAUGGAGGCCUAUCACCUACAAUUACAACAUUGGAUCAAAUCCGUACCAUUGAUCGUAAACAGGAAGUCCCACAUGAUGGUCCAAUGUGCGAUCUUUUAUGGUCAGAUCCAGAAGAGACUGCUGGUUGGGGAGUUAGCCCUAGAGGUGCCGGCUAUUUAUUUGGUUCUGACGUUGUAGCUAAUUUUAACCAAUUGAAUCGGAUCGAUUUCAUUUGUCGUGCACAUCAAUUAGUUAUGGAAGGUUAUCGUUGGCAUUUUCAUGAAAGUGUUCUUACUGUAUGGUCUGCUCCAAAUUAUUGUUAUCGUUGUGGUAAUGUUGCCGCUAUUUUACGUUUAAAUGAAAGAUUAGACAAGGAAUUUUCCAUAUUUGAAGCCGCACCACAGGAUGUCCGGAGUAUACCAGCUCGUCGACCAAUACCAGACUAUUUCCUUUAA